UAAGACGGUGCUGUGCUCAUGAUUUCUACACACUUGACAUCAAGUCAAAUAGAAAAGCAGGUCUCUUUCUGGAUUUCCACAAACUCUUCUGAAAACUAAGUUCAUGGCAAUGCUGCGAAGUCUGCUUCUCUUCAUGGCGUUCUCCGUGAGAAAUGCACUUGGUCAUCCAGACAUAGGCCAUCUGGAUCCAGUUGAUGAUGAGAAAUGUCAGGAUGGAUGGACAAAUUUUGAGGUCCGAUGCUACAAGUUCUUCCCUCAAGCGUCUAACUGGAUCUCAGCAGAGAAAAGCUGUAUAGGUCAGCAUGCGAAUCUGGCAUCUGUGCACACUGAACAGGAAAAUGAUUUUCUUCUGAGUCUGUUGCCUUCUUCUUCUACACGAUGUUGGAUUGGUGUUCAGGAUGCUGUACAAGAAGGAGAGUGGUUGUGGAGUGAUGGAACUGCAUAUACCUUCACCAACUGGUGCCCCAAUGAACCCAACAAUCUAAACGGAGAGAACUGUGGAGAGAUCAACUGGACCUCGAAGCGCUGCUGGAAUGAUGCGGGCUGUACAAACUCUAUGGGUUAUAUCUGUAGUAAAAAGAGCUCAUGAUCUCGCAGGGCGUCUGAUCCAGUUACUCUGGUUGCACUGAAUCGAGUUUCUUUCCUUUUUUUUACAAAACCUUCUCAUCCUUUGAUCCCUUAAAACUGAAGUGCUCCUUCUUAAAUUAAAGGUGUUUAAAGCAAA